AUGGAGCUCCUGGAGCAGUUCCAGGGGAGAGCUACGAAGUUGAUCAAGGGUCUGGAGAAUCUCUCUUACAAGGCAAGGCUGAGGGACCUGGGCCUGUUCAGCCUUAAAAAGAAGCGAUUGAGAGGAGACCUCAUCAAUAUCUAUCAGUAUCUAAGAGGUCCCAGAAAACUGGAGGUUGGCCAGCAUGGUGCCCACCCACAAGAAGGGCCAGAAGGAGGAUCCAGGGAACUACAGGCCUGUCAGCCUGACCCUGAUGACCAGGAGGGUUAUGGAACGGAUCAUCUUGAGUGUGAUGACAUGGCACAUACAGGACCUCAGGCUAAAUAUGAGCCAGCGUGUGGCCAGCAGGACCAGGACAGGGAUAAUCCUCCUGUACUCAGAACUGGUGAGCCUGCCCCUCAAAUCCGAUGUGCAGUUUUGGGCCCCUCACUCAUGAAAGUCAUUGAGGUGCUAGAGAAUGUCCAGAGAAGAGCAGUGGAGCUGGUGAAGGGUAUGGAGGGUAAGUCAAAUAAGGAGCAUCUGAUGGAGCUUCGGUUGUUUAGUCUGGAGAAAAGGAAGCCCAGGGACCUUACUGCUCUCUACAACUGCCUGAAAGGAAGUUGUAUCCAGAUGGGGGUCAUUCUUUCCUCCCAGGCAGCCAGCAACAGGACAGGAGACUUCAAACUGUGCCAUUGGAGGUUCAGAUUGGACAUCAGGAGGAAGUUAUUCCUUGAAAGAGUUGUCAAAUAUUGGAAUGGACUGCCCAGGGAGGUGGUGGAGUCACCAUCCCUGGAGGUGUUCAAGAAACAAUUGGACCAUGGCACUUAG